AUGUAUGAAGCACCUCGUUUAUCAGUAGAUGAUAGACACAUUAGUACAUCGUCGAGUGUCUAUUCUCCGUUAGAAUCAGAAUUUGGCUUUAAAAAUAGUUGUGAUAAUAUACCUGAAGAAAUAAAAGAAGAUGGGAGAGAAGAAGAAUCUAUGGAUGAGUUUGACCGCCGUCAGUCAUCUCACGGUAGUUGUGAGACAGGGAGUACUCAAUACGUGUCUUACGACGAUUUCCAGCCAAUUAUGCAAGGGGAUAGCAACCAGACAUUGCAGAGCUAUAUGACAGCCAACAACGAGAGCGAUAUGAGCUUCAGCUCUAUUAACAACUCUUUGCUCAGAAAUAGUCAGAAUAGUUUGGAUCUCAAUGACGAAACUCUAUCUUCGGGAAAUGUGGGUCUCGAUGAAGAUGCUACUCCAUUAGUCAAUAUGACAUCGUCAUUUAAUGACCCUAUCGAUGAUAUGACUCCAGUAGUGGGUGCAGAUGGGAGAUUUAUGAAACUGGGGUCUGACAACAUGUUGAAUCCACAUGGAAAAACCACGCUCUUACCUCAGCAGGAUUUGAGUAGAAAAUUUCAGAGAUUAUCUAUGACUUUGCAGCAAUCUAAUAUGGCUACUUCAGGAGAUUCGUUUCAGUUCAUGAACUCCUUCCAACAAAACAUUGAGAAGGCUAACAGAUUAAGUGUUAAUAAUAGAAAUUCCAAUGAUAGAACAAGUUCAUACUAUCAAAAGAUAAGUGAGCCUAUACUUCAAGAUGAUGUAGAGGAAGAUCAUGUAAUUAAUGGUCCACAAUCAGAAGUGAGCACAAUAAGUAAUAGAUCAAGUAUAUUAGGAUCUGAUAACGAAUACAGCAAUGAAAUUGACAGUGCUGAUAAUUCAGUAAGAAAUAGUGUUUAUCUGGACAAGCCAAUGCUAAGCAACUCUUCAAGUUUCAAUUUUAACAAUGUUCACGAGGAUAGUAGUCUGAUUUCUUCAAAAAGUAUAAGUGGUAAAAGUUCUUACACUAACAUACGAGGUUCUAGAAUCUCGCCUUUAAAGGUUGUAAAAAAAGCAAGCAUUUCUACUACUGAUAACGACGAUGUUCCAAUAAGGAAGGAUUUGUUACAAAAAAUUGAGCAAAUUCCAGGGGAUGAUGGAGAAAAUGUAUCAGAGAAAGAAAAAGUUGACAUGUUUAUUGCUUCAAUGAGUCUCGAGGAUAGAAAGAAUGCAGACGAGGAGGAACAUGCCCGUGGUUUGAAUAUUAAGUAUGCCGAUUCUUCACUCGAUCCAAGAAAUAAAUCAUAUGAAGAUUCAGAUACAACUGCUGAAAUAGAUACAACCGAGGAGAAUGUUAACGAAAGCAUACCAGGAUCAAUAUCAUCGGCUAAUCAGUUGGAUGAAGAAGAUUUGUCUUCCUUGUUUAUAAGGGCUUUGCACCCAUUUGAUUCUUCAUCGUUACAGCUUGAGUCUGAUGCUUCAAUAUGCUUGUCAUUUGAGAAAGAUGAUUUGGCUUUUGUACACACUAUUGACGACUCAGGAUGGGGUGAAGUAACUAUGGUAGAUUCAUUACAGCGGGGCUGGAUUCCAAUGAAUUAUUUCACAAUUGCAGUUAAUGAUGAUAAUAUAGAUGAAACGAAGUCUACAGAAGACUUAGAAGAAGAUACUGGAAGAAUACCGAAUAGCGCUUACUUAAAACCGUUAUUUCAUUCGUGUGGUAAAUUCUUAAUAAACCCUCUAUCACAUAAGAAUCGUCGUGGCAGGUUUACCUUUUCUACCAGAGUAGUGAAUUCAAUUAGGGAUGGGGUUAGAAUCUUAUUACAAGAAACUGAUUGCCUAUCAAGAACAAAUGAAAUUGUUACUAAAAGAGAAAUUGUAAGAAAAACCCGUAAAUCUCUAUUAGCUGAUUGGUAUAAUUUAAUGGUAAAAGCAAAUGAGUUUAAGGGAACAUCAAAUUUCAACAAGAUUGAGAUAUUGACAUUGAUGGUUUAUCAAGUUACUAAGAAAGCGAUUUCUUUCUUACAGGUAUGGUCAAUUGAGAGUAGACAAAUUAUCAAAAGAGAAAAUGAAAAGAAGUUACAAAAUGAUAUGAAUAAUUAUCCAUUGUUACCAUCUCCUCCGCAAGCAAAGCAAAGGAUAACCGAAAUCAAUGGUUUAUUGUAUUCUUACUUAGGUUUGAUUAUUGGAAGACUUGAUUUAAUUGAGCAUAAUUCCGUUGGAUGUGAUAUUUUAGAAACAGUAACUCAUCAAGUCAUAUUAUUGUUGAGAGAGUUGUUGUUUAUUUCCAAAACAGGUUCAGACUUCUCAUCUGAAAAGCCUGCAGAUUUAGAUGGCUCAUUAGAUGUGCUAUUAUCUUUGGUAAGUGACUUAGUAUCAGGGGUGAAGAGCUUAAUUAUGAAGACAUUGAAUGAAUCCGAUGAAGAUCAAAAAAAUCUGAUAAACGAAAAGGGAGUUCAGAGUACUCCAAUGAAAGAUUACUACUAUACCCAAGAAGGUGGUGAUUUGAUUCAAAUCGCGGCCAGAAUGAUAAGAUCUAUCAGUAAAACAAUAUCUUCUAUUAGAAGGUUAUUAGAAGUUACGGGAGAUUUCAAAUUGAACUCAGAAAGAGCUUAUCCUGACUACUCGAAAAUGAAGGUAGAGCCAGAGGAUUUUAUCAAGAAAUGCUCUAUCGGAAUUGCCAAAACUCAGAUGCUUAAAGGUCGUAAUUUAAAUACGUUACAACCUCCUAAAGGGAAGUCUUCUAACAGAUACUCUAUGAUGAGAUCUGGAAAAACUGGUGACUUGAGUAUAACUCCAAGCGGAGCAAACAUGCUACAUGAUGUACUUGGGACUGAUGACUCGUUCAGUUCUAAUCCUGAAUUCGAAAAGUUUACUACUAAAAACAAAGAAGUGAGUGCUGAAAGACAUAAUAUCAAUGAUGAAUUGUUGGUGGAUGAAAAUGGUAACUUACUAGGAGCAUCUUUCAAGGGAUUAGUCUAUACCUUAACAAACGAGGUCUCGCCGCCAGAAUACUUUUUUGUUUCUACGUUCUUUAUUUGUUUCAGAAGUUUUGCUAAUGGAAUUGAUUUCAUAGAAGAAUUAAUUACAAGAUUUGAAAUGAAUCAUAAUACAUUUAAGAAUAAUGAAAAGUCAGACAUUGGUGAAGAAAUGAGACUCAAGAAUAGGAGGAAAUUGAUUAUCAAGAUGUUCCAGUUAUGGCUAGAAUCUUACUGGAAUCAUGAAGCAGAUAGUUCUUUAUUAACGACGCUAGUUAAUUUUUUUAAUGAAGGAGUUUCUGUUUAUUUACCUUUAGAUUCUUUAAAGCUAUUAGAGAUUGCAGCAAGAUUAUCCUCAAAACCUUUAACUGAAAAUCAAAAGCGCAACCGCAGACCAAGAACAGAGAAACAGUUGAUUAAUAGAAGUAUUACUGUAACUAGGUCUAACAGAAAGCGGUCGAGUGGCUUUGCUGAUAACACACUUUCAUCAAGAUAUUCAAUGGUGGAUGGUUACGAGUUAUCUAGAAUCAAUACAAAGUCAUCAACUUCGAGUUUGAAAUCCAUGUCAUUAUCUUUACCAUUAGGGGUAGGCAACCAGACGUCUUCUUCAAACUCAUUAUUAACUAAGAAUCAAUUGAUAACCAUAGAAAAAGUGAAUUUGACUUUUAGAGCGAUUUUGGGAGAUAGUUGGUGUCCAGCAAAAUAUAUUAAUACCAAAACAUUCAUACCAUUAAACUUAGCUAGUAUCUUAAGUAAAUGGUAUAAUGUUUGUGAUCAAAGUUGGGUGCUUUCCAACUACAGACCAAACUUAUUGGACUUUAACGGUUUGGAACUUGCCAAACAGCUAACCUUAAUUGAGUCGCACAUUUUCUGCUCAAUUAAACCUGAUGAAUUAUUGAACCAGAAUUUUACUGCCAAACGGGCCCACUUAAAAUUAGCCCCUAACAUUAGACAGUCUUUAUUAUUCACAAAUUGUUUGUCUGGUUACGUUUUAGAAUCAAUUUUACAACCUAAAAUUAACCAAAAGAUGAGGGUCAACAUUAUUAAGACAUGGUUGAAGGUGGCCAUAUCAUGCUUAUAUUUGAGAAAUUUCAACUCAUUGGCUUCAAUUAUUACCUCGUUGCAAUCCCACUUGAUCACAAGAUUGACCAAGGUUUGGGUAGAUUUAUCUGAUAAGUAUAAAGAAUUAUACGAAUAUUUGUCUGGAAUCAUCCACCCCCAGAAAAACUUCAAUGUGUACAGGACAAAACUUAGAAAUUUUUUGGUGUCUAACGAGUACAAUAUCCCAAUUGUUCCGUAUUUCUCGUUGUUUUUACAAGAUUUGACGUUUGUUACUGACGGAAAUCCUAAUUACAGAAAGGCAAACUCGUUUUUGAACCAAAAAGUUAUUAAUAUUGAUAAAUACUUGAAGACUACAAGAAUUAUUGCUGAUAUUGAAAGUUUACAAACUUCAUAUAUCGAUGCUGAUACUAAUACUUCUCGUGAACGUAGGAGAAGUAGUUUAUUACUUGGUAUUGGUGCAAACAAAACUGCUGAUCUGGAUGAAUAUAACAUUAUUCCUGCUCCACCAUUACAAGAAUUGAUUUUAUUAGAAUUAUGGAAGGUUUGUCAACUUAACAGAAAGGAAGAAGAUAGGGCCUGGAAAUUGAGUUGCUUAAUCCAACCAAGAGACGUUAGUUAG